GCGUGUAGUUACGGGAGAAUCAGUAGAGAUUUUGGGGAAAAUUACUGUGCCAGUUUCAAUAAAAAAUGAAGGGGAAUGGAAAGAGAUGGGAAAACUCGAUUUGGUUGUCGUGAAUUCAGGUAAAUCUUUUUUGCCUCUAUGCGGGAGAAACUGGAUUUCAGUAUUGUUUCCGCGGUGGAGAUCACUGUUUGGGGCGGAAAAGGGGAACACGGCGAUGAACCAAAUGUGUGUAAAAACGGAGGUCACAUUGGGGAGUGAUAAGAGUUUAAUAGAGAAAUAUGGGGAUGUAUUUGAUGUGCAAGACACAUCACCGAUAAAAAAAUUCUCCGCUAGUAUUGUGCUGAAACCCGAUGCAAGACCAGUUUUUCACAAGGCAUACACAGUGCCUUUUGGAAUUCGUGGAGAAGUGGAGAAAGAAUUAGACAGACAGGUAGAGAAAGGGUUUUUAAUUCCUGUGAGUUCGUCGCGUUGGGCAUCACCCAUAGUGGUUGUGCGUAAAAAAGAUGGAACGAUACGCAUGUGCAUGGACGCCAAGUCGACAAUUAAUCGAUAUAAUCAUACCCCUUCGACGGUCACAAACCAAUCUCCGAUGACGACAAUGUUAAGCUAUGUACCACGGACUUCUCUUACCAUAACGACGGCAUGCGCGAAAUUGAGAAAAGAUGACUUGAAGCCGGGGGAGAAAAUAUAUUAUUUCUUCAACCACGAUUGGAUUCCCGGAAAAGUGCUAGAGAAGCAGUCAAGGGUGGUGUACAUCAUACAAAUCGGGAACGCUCGCAUUAAGGUCCAUAGAGACCAGAUAAAACCGCGGCAGAGUAGCUUCAUAGAGCUGGAGGACAGCAGUGACCAAGACAGCAGCGAUUCAGAGGAGUAUCUGAGUCCUCCGGAGUCCCCCAUGCCAACCCCGAAGGCGCCACCAAAGCCACCGAUGAAAAGUGAAGAAACUCCAAGGCGGAGCCGUCGUUUGUUAUCAAAAAAAAGGUUAAAUUAUAAGAUGUAAAUUUAGAAUACAUAGGGGGAGGAAAAUGUGAUGUAAUCUCCCGUUAGUUGGGUAUAAAUAAAGAACCACCGAGGGCUUCGGUCU